AUGUCAGACAUUCCAUCUAAAAUUUCCCAACUCCUCAUAUCCCACGACUUGUUUCACAAAGCUUCACAGAACCCGAUCCUAAAAUCUUUUUUCCAGAUUAUCGACACUUCCCGUAGAGGUUGGCUAUAUGGAUCAAGGCUUCGUUUGGCGCAUUCUUUGACGCUAUUGAUAAUAUUCAGCAGAAUUCAUUCUUUAGAGGAUCUCCGGCAUAAAUUAUCAAGAGUUAUAAUAAAUUCCCAAAAACAUGGCUUGUCAUUGUCGUGUUUUGCUGGUUUAUAUAAGCUCAGUUUGGCCGUCCUAAAGCGUAACCAAGAAUUUGGUACCAAUGGCCCAGUACUGCAUUUCAUUAGUGCAUUUGUUUCUGGAUAUUUGGUUUAUGGGAACCAGUUUGGAUUCUUUAGUAAUGGAAUCUCUCAACAGAUUACAUUAUAUGUCAUGUCAAGAGUGAUAUUAGGAAUUGCUAGAUUACUCGGGGAAAAAAUAUCAGUUGCCAUUUAUCGGAAUGGUUUAAAUAAUGAUAUCACUAAAUUUGAUUUCAACACCAUUAAAAAUAUUCCAGAAUUCAAAAAAAUCAAUAAUGAAUUAAGUACUCACGCAUGGAACUUGACAGCUGCCACCAGUUGGGCUGCAAUUCUAGUAUUGUGGAAUUAUAGACAAGAUGUUCUAAACACAUCAGUGGUCCACUCAAUGGACUACAUUUAUAAUAAUUACAAUUUCCUGAAUUUCAUGGGAUUUAUAAUCAAUAAUGAUACAAAAAAAUAA